CUCCUCCGGUAUGGAAAUGAAUGAAAAUGGGAAUAUAAAUGAAGGCAAAUGUGUUUACAGAAUUUAUUAAACAACUCAUUCUCUAAAUGUGUUUAUCCAAUCCACCCUUAGCUUUUGUUGAUUCCAUAUUCUACACCAAAAUAUGUGCCUUAAAUCCGAGGUGAACUUUUGUCAGUUAUUCACCAAAACUAUCAGAAAAAGGUUGAGAUAUGGAGAGGAAAUACAUACUGAGAACUUUUGAACUCUGUAAUUGUGAGAUGGAAUUGUGGAGGAACCUCCGAGUAGAGCUCCGUCGCUCUCUCUCCUCUGUCUGCUCUUUACACUCCACUCUCAGCUCGCUCCCUUCAGUCGCGGUUAACGGGCGUGCGGUUGCCAAGAGAGACGCGCGUCAAGAGCAGCGUGCAGCUUUUACGGUAAAGCGGCACGGGAUCGUCCCCGCCAUUUCCUCGAGCUGAGCCCUGGAAUGUCGAACAGUGGCUCGGGCUCUUCCUCGCGGAAGGAGUUCGAUGUGAAACAGAUCCUCCGGAUCCGAUGGAGGUGGUUCGGUCACCCCGCGGUUCCUCCGCCUCCCUCCCCGCCACUCGGAGACUACUUCAGCGCGAGGAGAACCGGAGGCAGCGCAGCGGACGGUCCCUCUAUUAGCGGCUGCAGCAACUUAAAUUCAUCUGGCGUUAACCCGAGCGUGGGUUGUCACAGCGGGCUGGUGGCCAGUGGGAGCGCAGGGUCUAACCUGUGUAACGGCAGCGGUAGAAAGUUUGCUGAUCCAGCGGGGAGUCGGGGAGGUCCGGCUGGAGCUUCUGGAGCCACGGGGAACUCCUGUACCCGCUCCCUCAGCCAGCCAGAGUGCAGAAGCUCCGCCGCGGCGCUCUCCUGGAUUUCCCCACCGCCUCGUCGCCGCGCUCGUCCUGUGACAAACAUGGAGCCCCCCGGCGAGGCCCCGUUGCCCCAGCUGGUAGUUGAGGCUUCGGCUCCUGCUGGGGUUGAAAAUGAGGUGGAGCCGGCGGCGGCUUCGGCGGGAGCGGCGGGGACCGAAGAGAACAACCACCCGGAAACUGACUCCAGCUCCUGCAGGACGUCUAACAGCAGCGCAACCCUCUCCUCGUGCGUGUCUAUAGAGCCAUGCACCUGUCCAGAGGAGUCGAUGUUUACCGCUUUGUCGCAUGCUGAUGUCACCUUCCGCAAGAUGGAGGGCUACCUGAGGACGAGGCAGCUGUGUGAUGUCAUUCUGGUGGCUGGAGACCGACGGAUACCUGCACACAGACUCGUUCUCUCAUCUGUGUCUGACUACUUUGCGGCCAUGUUCACCAGCGAUGUGCGAGAGGCCAAGCAGGAAGAAGUGAAGAUGGAAGGGGUGGACCCUGAGGCAUUGUGGGUCCUGGUUCAAUACGCAUACACAGGCCGUCUCGAGCUGAAGGAGGACACCAUCGAGUCUUUGCUGUCGGCCUCCUGCCUGCUGCAGUUGUCAUCUGUGGUCCAAGCUUGCUGCUCCUUCCUUGUCAAGCAGCUCCACCCCUCUAAUUGUCUCGGCAUCCGUUCCUACGCCGACGCCCAGGGCUGCCAUGACCUGCAGAGAGCCGCUCACGCCUACACCAUGGAGCACAUUCUGGAGGUUGUUGGAGCCCAGGAGUUUCUUGUCCUUCCAGUGGAAGAGAUGGAAAGGCUGCUGACCUCUGACGACAUCAACGUGCCAGAUGAGGAAACUGUGGUGACCUCUUUGCUGAGUUGGGUCAGUCACGAUCCUGCCACUCGGCAGCGCCACCUACCAUCACUUCUGGCUCACGUCAGACUGCCGCUGCUGCAGCCACAGUUCUUGGCUGACCUGGAGUCCAACCCUCUCCUCCGUGACAGCGUGGAAUGUCAGCGUCUUCUGAUGGAGGGGAUGAAGUAUCACCUGCUGCCACAGCGCCGGCCCCUGCUGCAGAGCCCUCGCACGCGGCCCCGGAAGGCCACGGUCGGGGCCAUGUUUGCUGUGGGUGGUAUGGACGCCUCAAAAGGUGCCACAAGUAUCGAGCAGUACUGCCUGCGUCGGGACACGUGGAGACAGGUUGCCACCAUGAGCGGACGGAGACUGCAGUUCGGUGUCGCUGUCCUUGACGGCCGUCUCUACGUGGUCGGAGGCCGAGACGGACUCAAGACCCUUAACACCGUGGAGUGCUACAAUCCACAUAGCAAAACCUGGAGCGUCAUGCCUCCCAUGUCCACACACAGACACGGCCUAGGUGUGGCUGUUCUAGAGGGACCCAUGUACGCAGUGGGAGGCCAUGACGGCUGGAGCUACCUCAGUACAGUGGAAAGGUGGGACCCUCAAGCUCGCCAGUGGAGUUUUGUUGCUAGCAUGGCUACACCCAGAAGCACAGUGGGAGUGGCUGUUCUCAAUGGAAAGCUGUAUGCUGUUGGAGGUCGUGACGGCUCAUCCUGCCUGCGAUCAGUGGAGUGCUUUGACCCUCACACAAACAGGUGGACUAGCUGUGCUCCAAUGGCUAAAAGGCGUGGAGGUGUGGGAGUGGCCACGUGGCACGGUUUCCUGUACGCCAUCGGAGGUCACGAUGCUCCGGCCUCAUCCUUGGCGUCUCGCUUAAGUGACUGUGUGGAGAGAUACGACCCUCAGACUGAUGUUUGGACCACAGUGGCCCCCAUGAGCAUCAGCAGGGAUGCUGUUGGUGUUUGUCUCCUCGGCGACCGUCUCUAUGCUGUGGGGGGUUAUGACGGCCAGGUGUACCUCAAUACUGUCGAAGCCUAUGACCCUCAGACCAAUGAGUGGACCCAGGUUGCCUCUCUGUGCCUGGGCAGGGCAGGUGCCUGUGUGGUGGCCGUCCGACUGUGACAACAGAAACACAAGAUGACAGACUAUCUGCACACAAUGUGGCUCACAGGCUGAACUCACUGGAUCUGCUGACGCUGAAGAGACUCUGAGUGCAGCAGCUCCCCUCAGUGAGAAGAGACAGUGGUUUCUGAUCUCUCUUCAGGUUUUACUCAGUUUCAUCGUAAAGCUCACCAAUCAGUCCAUUUUUAGAGAUAGAUUAGGGCAGGUUGGGUUUCAGACAAAUGAUAAUUAUCUGAAAGAUACAGAGCAAGUGUCUUGUGGGUUAAACUCUUCCCCUGCCCCUCCAGUCUUCAUAUGUUUGAUAUAAAUCUGCACAACUGCUUUCUGCUUUUGUUUCUGCUUACAAAGACAGUGAGACCAUCAGGACUGCCUCUCAGCUUUCCCUACAAAAUCUGAUCGUAUGCACUGGUGCUAUUUUUAAUAAGCAACCUGUUCUUUUUAUGCUGCGGUUGGCAAAUAUACUGCUACUCCGGUUUGCCCUGCUGACAGAUGAAAGUGAGAGUUUGACGUAAUCAGCACAACCUCAUAAACAGCUAUUCUGUUAGAGACUGUGAGCCACUUCAUUAGUUUCAUUUGGAAUCCACUGAGUUAAAUCGGAUGUUUCUUAAUGUUUGGCACGUUGCAUCAGCUCUGAUUUUCAUGCUUUUGGUGGAUUUUCUUUUAGCAAGUUGCCUGAGAACGCUUCCCUGUCUUCACUUUUUCAUUUAUUUUUACCAUCAUGUUUUCGUUUUUAUGCUCAUUGAGCACUGUUAACAGCCCAGCCUUUAUCCCUACUGGGAAAAUUGGUUUUUCACUUUCCCCAUAGCACAAGACCAGAUAUUUACAGCCUAAGUUCUUAAACAAGGUCAAUUGAGCUCUUCAUUUUGCAAGCCAAGAUGUUUUUUUGUUUGUUUGUUUUGUUUUUUGUCAUCAGCAGUCUGUGUGUGUCUGCUGGUGUUCUGUGUGUACAGUUUGCAGCGAGUGUUUUUUUAUUUUUAUCUGAAAUGAGAAUCUUUUCCCCUUUCCUCGCCUCUCCUUCCACAUCCUCAAUUCCCUGCAGUUCACUGCUGCACAGACACACAGAGAUGCUUGCACCAUUUUGCUUCGCACCAGUCCCAGAUACCCAGGCAGGAGGAAACGGCAGACCUCGUAAUGAGGCCAAAAAUUUAAUAACGUUGACUUCUUUUUUUUUUCUUUUUUUUUUCGUUCUGCUCCAGAUAAA